GGAGGAGGAGGAGGAGGAGGAGGUGGGAGAGGAGCAGCAGUCAGGGCAAGAGGAGAAGACGGCCCCUCAGUCUCCUCCUCUCGUCCCUCCUCACAAAAGGAGGAGAGAGGCAACUUUGUGGGUGGAAGAAGGGGUCAAGGAGGUGAAGCAGUUGGUGGACGUGCUGGUGAAGGAGGUCGUGGACAACCCGAAAGACGGGUUGGAACAGGAACAGUGGGCAGGGCAGGGCUGGAAGACAAGCUAUCACCCGUCUCCUCCUCUCGUUCUUCCUCUCAAAAGACAUUGACAUCUCCAAACCCUCUGAACCCACAACCCCAAAACCUCCACCCCGAAACUCCUGCCCUCGCACCUUCAGCUGCCUCAUUCUCCUCCUCCGAUCCAGAGCUCCACCCAUAUUCCCUCGCCUCGUACUCCGACGAGCUCUUCACUUCCCUGCGAGGCCUACAGCGGGAGGGGCUUCUGACGGACUGUGAGGUGAAUCUCCAUGGCAACCUGCUGAGGUUCCACGGAGUGGUGCUCGCAGCUGUGAGUCAACGCGUGGAGGCGUGGCUCCGGGCAGGAAAGGCGGAGCUAGACGCUGGCCUGCGGGAGCUGUCCGGGGGCCGUGUGGCCACUGCGGCGGGGUUCCAGGCGGUGCUGGAGUUCGCGUAUGGCGGAGAGGUGAUGGCCGGAGCAUCAGGAUCAGCAUCAGGACCAGCGUCAGCAUCAGUACCAGCUUCAACUUCUGCGUCAGUUCUGGAGGAGGCGAAGGCUGCUAGCAGAUAUCUAGGGGUUCCACAGUUGGUGGAGAUGCUGAAGGGAAGUGGCGCCCCCUGUGGCCCAAAGGACAGAAUGCAGUGUCUGCAGGUUAUCAGGAGCCUGUGGUUGAACAGAAUAGGCUGUGACGUUCACAUUCAAACUGCAGAUGGAGAAAGAAUUCCAGCUCACCGUGUGAUCCUUGCAGCCGGUGCGGACUACUUCCAGGCACUGUUCUGCGGAGGGUUACGCGAGUGUAAUCAGGACGUGGUAUGCCUGCGCGGAGUCACCUCCAGUGCACUGCGCCCCCUGCUGGCCUUCCUGUACUGCGGCACUCUGCAGCUGGGCUGGUGCUGUGUGUGGGAGCUGGCAGAGGCAGCGCACCAGUUUCAACUACAGGGUGCGCUGUCACUCUGCUUUUCCUUUCUCACGGAGCGUAUGGACCCCAGCUCCUGUCUGGACGUGCUGGCCCUGGCUGAGGCCUAUGGGUUGUCAGAGCUCCAGGAGGCUGCCGAGCGCUACAUCCUGGCCCACUUCCAGAGCGUGGCCGAGGGGGAGAAGUUCAGGGACCUACCCUGCGCCCAGCUGGAGAGGCUGCUGGGGAGAGAUGCCCUUAGUGUGGAGAGUGAGAUAGUGGUGUUUCGAGCGGUGUUGUGCUGGAUAGAGGAGGAGCGCGAGCGGAGGCUUCCCCAGCUACCGGGUCUGCUGGGGACGGUGCGCCUCCCCCUCAUGUCCCCCUCCGAGCUGCAGGAGGUGCGGCGCUGUAGCCUCCUCAGGCAGAGCCGCGGGGGGAGAGCGGUCCUGGAGGAGGUGCUGGGUUUGCUGGAGGGCAACGGCACAGCCACAACAGACUGCCCACCGCGCACUGCAAACCAGGUGCUGGUUCUGGUGGGUGGAGACAGCGUGGAUGAUGACUUUGCCCGGCGCGAGCCCAACCACACCCUGUGGGUGGCCCGCCGGUUCCUGUCCGGACCGGGCCUGAUCAGAACCGUGGAGUGGCGUCCUCUGGCCAGGCUGCCGGAGCCGCCGCGCUUCCGCCACUGCGUCUGCGUCCUCCAGAACAAGCUCUAUGUCAUCGGGGGACGCAAGUACUACGGCUAUCUGGAUGUGCUCAAGUCGGCGCUUAGGUUUGACCCAGCGCAGGCCGUCUGGGAGCCUCUUCCUGACAUGUCCAGUCCAAGGGACUACUUUGCGGCCGCGUGUGUGGACGGCAAAGUGUUCGCCAUCGGCGGCAACCUGGAUGACACGCACUACCUGGACACGGUGGAGUACUUCACACCAGAGGACAACACCUGGAGGCUUGCCCAUCCCCUGCCCUCUGCGCUAUGUGGCCUUGCAGCUGCAGUGUGGGACAACCAGAUCUUCCUAUCAGGCGGCUGCGACGCCAGCUAUCGCUGCCACGCCUCCACGUGGCACUACCACCCCGUCCGUGGCUGCACGGCCCGCGCCCCGAUGCUGACCCGCGAGGGCCGAGCGGGCCACGUCAUGCUCCCCCUAGUGGGGUUCGAUGGUAGUGGUGGUGGUGGUCGAGGAGGACUGGUGGUGGCGGGUGGACUCCAUCCCGCCUGUGGCGGGGGAUUCGGCGACCAGCUUCAGUGUGAGAUCUACAGCCCCGAGCGUAACACCUGGUGCCUUUUCCCCGUGCUGCCCAGACCUCACCUGUCCCCCGCUGCCACGGCGCUGGGGGGCCAGCUGUACCUGCUGGGGGGGUCGUCGGCCGACACGGCGCGGGACACGCAGUGGGUGCACCGGUAUGACCCGCGUGAGGGGCGCUGGGACAAGUUGGGGGCCAUGCCCAGGCCUUAUACCGACCUGUGUGCCUGUGCCCUGCAGCUGCCACAGGGGGUGAAGGGCUGAUAUAGGCCCUACUGUAUAUAAGUAUGCACAUGUACACACAAUUCUGGUGCAUUUAUGUACACACACACAAUAUCCAGCAGUGCUUGUCGCAGGUGAGUCUGAUAAAGCAAACCAAAGUAUAGACAUGUACAUGUAUACACAAGUAUAGACAGGUGUGUCUGGGCCUAAUUGGGCCUAUGUAC